AUGGAUGAAGACUUAAAUCAACCUUUUGGCUGUCAGAGUGUCCUCUGCAAGGAGCUGCAAACUAAAGGUUGUCAGGAGAGGACAAAAACAAGCCAGGAAAGAGAAGAAAAAGCCAGGGAUGAGCAAGAUAGGGAGGAGAGGGAGGAAGCUAGUCAAGGAGCGCCGCAGGAAGACCAGGAUCGCAAAAAAGUCACUCAGGCAGACCACGAGAGUCCUGAGCACAAGACCACUUCCACCCCAAUGAAGAACGGAAAAAGACAGGAGGACGCGGUGGAGGACAAAGCCCAAGCGGGGAACUCAACUCUGAAAGAGCCCCCCGUUGGACUCGGGCCGACCUGUGACCUGACCGAGCCGCUCUACCUCGGCUGCGGUGGGUCGGCUCUGUACGAAGCCGGACCAGUGGUGCAGUUGUCUAAGAACCAAGUCCUCGUCCGACCCGCCGCAACUAAGAGGCCGCCUACCCCCUCUUUACCCCAAACUGCGGCCCAGCACGGCCUGGAGCCACUUGAGAUCACGCAGGUGUGCGCCACCCGACGCUCCUUCCGCUACGCCGCUCGGGUUCGAGGCCGGGCCCCCUACUUCCCAGAGCUUCGCGGGAUGGAGAGCGUGGAAGGCUGCCCGGUUCCGCCGCCGCCGCCACCACCGCCGCCUAAGAAGAAGACAAGGACGCUUUACAGCAGCUGUCAGUUGAAGCACUUGGAGGCCUUCUUCCAGGAGGACCACUACCCCGACGCGGAAAAGAGGAACGGUAUCGCCGCAUCGGUCGGCGUCACACCUCAGAGGAUUAUGGUUUGGUUCCAGAACCGCCGAGCCAAAUGGCGCAAAGCAGGACGUUUGCAGUCCAAUCAAGUGGAAGGGCAACACGGCAGGGCCAGUUGGAGCCCUGCCCACCUCCUUGCCGUGCCCAACAUGGCAACCACCGCCAGCAGCGAGGUGCCGUCUGCGCCUGUGUUCUCCGUCGGCGCCACGAUGCCAACGCUGGAGACUACGGCGCCGGCUUUCUCCACACACGGCGGGCCCUCCUUCAGCCAGCUGCUGGCGACCAGUCCAGGUCAGUCCAGAAUGAGAGAGCAGCCCGACUUGCGCCCCUGCUCCAUGCACAGCCCUCCCCCACUGAGGCGAGCUAGUUUCCCCCUCCCCCACCUCGCUGCCGCAGCCAACUUCAACCUGGAAACCCCCCCACCGCCACGGCCUCUGUUUGUGGACGACGGAGCCGCCUUGGGCCACCCUCUGCAGACAGACAGCAGUUGUCUGUUGAACUUGGCCGACUAUCUUGCGCCGAGCCAUCAAAGUAGCGCUCAGCUGCCCUUCCAGCUGCAGACCUCGUACCCGCCCGGACAUACGACCUCUGCGUCCCUGCCCACCCAAAUGGCCUUCCUCACCCCUUCCCCCUACCUCACCCCCAACACGGACACCAUGGCCACUUCCUACUUCACAUUUGGCAGCGCGGCAAGCGCCAACUACGUGCAGUCGCAGGGCGGCGGACCGAUCCUGCUCCAGCCCACCGGCCACUGUGGCAUGACGUCCUACCAGCCGUACCCCUGGGCUAAUAUGUACGCCCAGCCUAGCGUUCGCCAGAUCGCUCCCAAUUAUGCGUCCGGAUUUGCUGCCGCUCGGGACCUCCAGGUGCCGCCGUCGUCCUCCUCCGGCGGCGUGCCGCCAUGCUUCUCGCGUCCGUACACGCGCGGCGGCACCACUGCCCUCCCGCCCGUGUCCACCCUGCAGCCGUCCCGCCUCAGGGCAGAGGGCGCGAUGGCAACGAGGGGGGCGGCGGCGGUGGCACCUCUGCUCCCCUCGCAGGCCAGCCCUGGCUCCCUUCACAGCCCUCUGGCGCCUUCUUCUGUCAAGAUUGAGUACGACAGCCUGCGAGUAAUUCACAGCCAGUUCCAGCAAGAGUUGUCCCCCAUUCCCUUUUGAGCCUGUUUGUGUAAUAAUAUAUUUGUGUUUGU